AUGGACGAGAAUGGAUCUCUCUAUGUGGCUGACCAGCAAAAACAUGAAGUGAGACGAUAUAGAAUUGGUGAUACUGAAGAAACAGUGGUUGCAGGUGGCAAUGGAAAAGGAAAUCGUCCUGAUCAACUCAAUGAACCCCACUACCUAUUUGUCGAUCGAAAUCAUUCAGUGUACGUGUCUGAUACGGGAAAUCGUCGUGUGAUGAAAUGGGAGGAAGGUGCAAAACAAGGCAUUAUCGUAGCUGGUGGUCAAGGACUAGGACAUAAUCUUACACAAUUGGAUGAUCCUGCAGGAAUUGCUGUCGAUCAAUUAGGUACUAUUUAUGUGACUGAUUGGGAGAAUCAUCGAAUCAUGCGUUGGCCAAAAGGAGCCACACAGGGAAGUAUCCUUGCCGGUGGGAAUGGUGUAGGAGAACAGUCAAAUCAAUUAAAUCUUCCCUUUGGUUUAUCAUUCGAUCAACACGGCAAUCUCUAUAUUGCCGAUACAGGAAAUCAUCGAGUGCAAAAAUUUAAUAUUGAAGAGACGACAAAUUAA